AUGUCGUCCACUGCAAUCCAACUCGAGACACUAGACUCGCCUGGGCCGUCCUAUACCGCCUACCCACCUACGUCCCCAGCAAGUCUUAAUAAGUUUGUAAGGGACGUCGAAGUUCGCUCCGCGCUGUCCGGCUCGAGUGACCCAUACUCUUUUCGGUCCGCGCUCAAAUCAGACCAUGAGCUUUCAGAGUUAAGGAGACGAAGCAAGGCAGGAAAAGUAGUUGAAAAGUACCAAAGAGGCCAGAAUGAUCCCAACUCUAAUGGUCUGAGCUAUCCUGUGCAGUUGAUUAGCAGCUUGUUGAAGCCCAUGGAAGCACACACUGCCGAAGCUAAGGAAGCCGAGGCCGAGGAUAGACUUCCAGUUCGCAUCGCUGUCUGGGCUUCUUUGCUCUCCAACAUCGCACUUUCGGCAUUGCAAUUGUAUGCCGCAAUCAGCUCUGGUUCGCUCUCCCUUUUGGCUACAUGUAUCGACUCCGUCUUCGACCCUGGUUCCAACCUUAUACUCUACUGGCUUCACAAGAAGGCCUCGAAACUCGACACUAAUAAAUGGCCCGUUGGGGGGAGUCGUUUGGAGACAAUCGGAAACAUCUCUUACGGUGCCUUGAUGGCUGCUGUCAACUUGGUCAUCCUUGUUGAAUCUGUUCGCGCCCUUGUCGAUCAUGGGGGCGAAGAAACAAACGACCUUCACAUCCCCUCAAUUAUUGCUGUUGCCACUGCGUUCGGUGUCAAAUUUGCUUUAUUCCUAUAUUGCUACGCGCUUCGCAACUCUUCAUCCCAAGUCCGUAUGCUCUGGGAAGAUCACCGCAAUGACUUGUUUAUCAAUGGAUUCGGUAUCCUGACAUCGGCCGGUGGUGCCAAGCUCAAGUGGUGGCUCGAUCCUGCUGGUGCCCUUAUCAUUGCGCUGGGAGUUAUGGCUUCAUGGUCACGCACGAUCUAUGGCGAAUUCGAGCUCCUCGCCGGCAAGUCUGCGCCCCACGAGUUCCUGCAGCUCGUCAUCUACAAGGCCGCGACAUUUAGCGAUGAAAUUCAGGCAUUGGAUACCGUCCGGGCUUACCACAGCGGACCAAACUUUUUUGUCGAGAUUGACAUCGUAAUGGGUGCUGAUACCCCGUUGUGGAAGGCUCACGACAUUUCUCAACAGCUACAGGAUAAACUGGAGACUCUCCCUGGCGUUGAACGUGCAUUUGUUCAUGUCGACCACGAAACGACUCACCGACCUGAACACCGAAAGUACGAAUAA